AUGCAAUACUGGGUAUUUCAGAAACGAUUAUGAAUGCACUAAAUGUACGUCGCCAUGUAAAACGUGUACAUCCGAACAUAAUUGCAUUACAUGUAAUGAUGGAUUUAAAUUAAACGGUACUUCUUGCCAAAAAUGUCCAGAAGGUUAUUUUGAAUCCAGUAAUUCGUGUGCCCCGUGCCCAAAUAAUUGCGCUUCUUGUUUGAUAAUGAAUGAAUGUACAAAAUGUAAACAAGGAUUUUUCGGAAAAAUAUGCGAUAAAAGGUGUUCUUCGGGAUGUAAAGAAAACGUGUGUGAACAAAACACCGGUAAUUGUGUUUGCAACGACAAUUAUGCCGGAAAAAAUUGCAGUCUUUGUAAGCCUUUUAAAUAUGGACAAAACUGCCACAUUGACUGUCAAAAAGAAUGUUUAACUUGUGAAUCAGAUGGAGGUUGUAGCUUGUGCAAUGCUGGUUACUUCGGGAUAAUAUGUAACUGUUCGUAUGGAUGUCUUGACAAUAAAUGUAGCAGACUUACUGGAAAUUGCUUUCAAUGUAAACCGUUUUUUAAACGGCCUUGCUUGGAGUGUGUGGACGGCAAAUGGGGAAAGAACUGUGAAAACGAUUGCCCUGAUAAAUGUCUCUCGUGUUUAUCGAAAACUAACUGCACGAAAUGUAAGGAUGGAAGCUAUCUCUCAGAUGGGAAAUGCCUGGACUGUUCUAUCCGUUGUCAAAAUAGCUCAUGUAAUUCCGAGAGUGGUGUUUGUAUCUUUGGAUGCAAACAAGGAUAUUGGGGAAAGUUUUGUAAUGAGCAAUGUUCCAAGCUUUGCUCAAACCGCACAUGCAAUAUCGAAACUGGAGCUUGUAGUCACGGUUCCAAUGAAAGUUACCAUGAAUAUGAUCACUCGUUCGACAAGGCCUGUAGCAGUACAUGUAUUGAUCGACAAUGCGAUUCGAUAACGAGUAGAUGUACUUUGGGAUGCAAACUAGGAUACUACGGGGACCAUUGCAACAAACAGUGCAGCAGUGAAUGCAAAAACUUUACAUGUAAUAGAGAAACAGGCUCAUGCUAUAUUGGCAAGAUUAAAUUCUUCCAUUUAUGUUUAAUAUUCUAACAAAUUGAGUGCAUUGAAUAAUAUAAAUUCCGCUAAACAAACUAAAUAAUUUGAUAAAGUACUUUAAUUUAGAAAUACAUAUAUACAUCAAUAUAAUCGUUAAAUGCUGUUGUAUUGUUUCCUUUUGAGAUAUCUAGUUGCAUUAUUUAAUUUCAUAGAACAUUUAUGGCUUUAUAAUAUUCAAUAAGAUAGUACAAGUUUAUAUAUAUUUACGCACUGAUCUUGUUUAUUUAACAGAUACAGUGGACGUUAUGUCUUCAAGCUUAAAUCAGCGAUUUAGUUCAGCUCUUUUGAUUGUAUUAUUUGUUUGUCUGGUCAUUGCAAUUAUCAUAACAGUUAUAUCAACUGUAAAAAGUAUUACACAAAGACGUGGAGCUGUUUUAAAUGAAGGCUCGGAAGAUUACGCUGAGAAUGAGUAUGAACCUGCAUGUAGAAACACAGCUGACUCAGAUCACAUGUAUGCUAUACCGGAAGAAACUACUAGUGGGAGUGUGCCACUAGGUUACCUUGAAAACACUGUCACGUUGCCUAGCAACGACUCAACCGAAGAUAUGAAUAUGUUCAUUAAUCCUGUUUAUGCUGAUACCCAAACAUCUAACGAAUAUGAGGAGGUUGUUUAACAAGACUGAAGCAAUGUCCGUAUUGAUUCUGCAGAGGAGGCAUGCGUAUUUUAACAUAUGUUAUUUUUUUCUAAAUGUGCCAACAUAUACUUUCUAAUUCACAAUUGUUUUGAUUUAAAUAUAAAACCAAUGAUUAUGUAUUACAAGGAACUGCAGUACACGUUUAAAACAAAUCACUUUUGAUAAUGCUAAGAGUACGAAAAGUCAUUCACCAUUCCUCAAAAAGAAAGAACAGUUAACACUUGAAUAUCUUAAUUGGACGACUCAUACGACUCUUAAAACAUUUCGAACCAAAUCGUUUAAAUUUUCGUCUUCUGUCUUGCUUCGUCACACUUUAAGGUGAUUUUUGUUUCCCUGCCUUCCUUAAAUGCAUCAAGUAAUUUGGUUAUAGUCAUAGCAGAUGUGCUUCCUAAAAAGUUAGUAAAUGCGUAAUCAGUAGACUGGAUGUUAUCAUAUAAUGAUUUUAAACUUUACAUUAGUAAACAUAUCAGCAAGAUGAAAACCGAACGAGGAGCAAGCCGCAUUUAACAAAUUUUUAUGAUUUCAACCGAUGUCUUGAAAAAUCACUAUAUCUCUUCAAAUUGUCAUGAGCAGGUAGUUCGUCUGAGAUGUUAUAUUUGAAUAUUUGACACACCAGAUGUGCACAUUCUCGCCUUUUAACAGGAGACGAUGCUUUUUGUUUCUUUUCGGAGAAAAAAAAUCAGCUAUUGUCAUGACCUUUUCUUCGGCGUUGGCUUAUAUUUUAGGUCCGUUUUCUCAGAACGUUUAAAGGUUAUUCACUUCAAACUUGCCAUACAUGUUUAUUGUUUUCAAAAGAGGCCAUUUCUUUAAGGCUAACCAUCCUGUAACUUUUUUAUGUAAUAUUUUCAGGUUCAAUCUUAGCGUUAUACCUCAUUGUUAAGAUCCAUGUUCUUAGAAAAACAUUUAAAAACUUUAAAUACAUGUUCACAAUCUAAAAUGUGUUUCCAUUUGAGGAGCGCUAUACCUCAUUGUUUAGAUCCAUGUUCUUAGAAAUACAUAUAAAAACGUUAAAUACAUGUUCACAAUCAAAAAUGUGUUUCCAUUUGAGGAGGGCAGAACAUACUAAAAUUCAUUUUAGUAUAAGUUUAGUAUGCUAUGGCCAUCUCCCCACUUUUUUACCUUGGAUUUCUUGGUAAUUUUUUUGAUUAGGUUCAUUGCUUAAAAAAUUAUCACAAAUGUUUAUUUUAAACUGGAAAAGUUCACCAAAUAUGAAAUGCAUUUCUUAGAGAAGUCAUUUUUGCUGAAUUAGUUCCCACUUUUGACAUGGUAAUUUGCUGUGAUAUAUGCUUCGGAAGUGCUAACACGUUAUCAAUAUUUGUGUAUAUUUGCCUUUGUUUCAAAACUGUUUUGACUGAAAACUUGAACUUUUUGUUGACUUAAAAUUUAAUAAUUAAAAUGUUUUCGGUUAGGUGUUACUAGAAAUGUGUCACUGUGCCGUUAAAUAACAAACAACGAACAAUAGCUUGAUAUAAAAAAGCUUUCAUUAUCUAUUUAAUUAUUUAAAAAUUAAAACGUUAAUGUUCAAAAGGUUUCAAAACAACCAGAAAUUGUUUAAUAUUAAACUUUCAUUUUGCAUUUUCCAAUUCCAAGGUAAAAUCGAUAGUUUUUAAAAAUUUUCGCAUGUCAAAACUUUUGUUUGAAAUACAUUAAUAAACAU